AUGUCGUCUUCUUGCAAGUUCGAGUACAUCUCCACAAGGGCGUCUCUGUUGGUCUCCUUAAUCUUCUGGUUCUCGGUGACCGGGUUCGAUUCGAUCUGUUCCAUGAUCUUGACACCAGAGUACCAUGCGUCACUCCACGUCGCUCUUCUUUGGAAGAGCUUCGUCAAUGUCGCUCAACGCAGCAAGCUUGUACUCGUUCGGACCGUAACUCAACGGAUGUUCGGCGUCGAAACUGCCGUACAGAAGCUGAGAAGCCUGGUUCAACCACGGAUACUCCGCAAGAUACUCCCAGUUCUGUUCUCUGAUGAUGUAGAACAAUCUCUUAUCGAGAUCACGCUCCAAAGAGCCGUCCAAGAUGUUCAUCAGUUCCUGACGAACACCGGUAUCGGACAGCUUAGUUCCCACCAGGAACGGAUGCUCCAUGCGGACAGUGAGCUCUGUUCCCGCCAGUGCAGAGUCUUUGAAGAUGUCAAUAAUGAUCUGGUAGAACGCUCUGGCAAGAUCAGAGUCGCCCUUCAUUUCAAAGAUCAUCAUCUUGGACAGAAUACCAGCGUUCUCCUUGGUCGUUGGGAACAGUUCGUUCUUAGCAAACACCCAUCCCCUUGCAAUAUCGACGAUACGCAUCAACAGGUCUUUAUCAACCGACCGAUCGAUCAGUUGGACCAACAGCGACAAAAAGAUCCGUCUUUGGUCUCCCAAUGCGGAAAUGCGCAUAGCAGAAAAUUGCAAGAUCUUCUUCAACAACUUGGUGGUCAUUUUGGCCUCGUAGUCUGUUUGGACUGCGCUUGGCUCUGUAGAGUUGUUGUUGAAAUGUCUGUUCUGACUGGCAAUAGCAAUGUGAUCUUUCACCAGCUUGCUCAAGGUUCUCAUGAUCAAUGGAAUCAGAGCAUUCUGGGCAUCGGGCCUGUAUUGGGAAAGCGUCCACGACAGAGUAACACCAGCAGCGACCGAGUUCAUGCUGUUGAGGUCCUCGGAAAUCACGUUCGUGUAGAAAGCAAGGAAAUUCUUCACUUCCUCAGGCUGUUCGUCCUCCGCAGACGGAACUUGGGUCUGGAUAGCUCCCAAAAUCAAGCCCAGCACUUUUUGCAACGCUUCCUGGAUAUCGUGGUUGUCGGAACGAAUACACUUCUCCAGCAGUUUCUGGAGGUACUCCAGGUUGGAAACGAUCCAUUCAGGCGAUUUCCACUCCAAUGCAACGCCCAAAACUUCAAGAGCGUUCAAACAGUAUCCCAACACGUUGCUUGUACUGAAAUCGGCGGCAACAAGGAACCGUUCAAAGAACGCAAGCUUGACCGUCACUUCUGGCCAAUAGUUUGGAGACAGCAGCACGUGCAAGAUGUUCAGAGCUCUUUGACCUAG